AUGCCGCUUGGGCCUGAUACUCUCACCAGCAGUCCGGAAAGCGACAAAUUAUCAAUUUCUGCUCCAAGUGCCUUCAAUAGUUCGAUCGUUCCAAGACUUGCAGAAUAUACUACACAAUCGAUCAGUCCUGCAUAUGAUGCCUCUGAGGCUAAGCGCGAGUCUCAAGGUCUUGUAGCUCCAUUGAGGAAAGAUAUACCGUGGAGGUUUCGAUCUAAAAACACCGAAGAAACUGUUGAGGAUGAUUCUUGCGAAGAUAUGAAAAGACUCGGCAUUGGGAGGCCUCAGCAAUUUGACAGUCUUUUGGAUCAAUUCGGCUGUUUUAAAACGUCUAAUGGUUCAGUGGCUCGACAGUCAGACCUUGACUCUGACUCUGACUCUGACUCUGACUCUGACUCCGACUCUGACUUCGACUCCUACUUAAUUUUUUCGACAAAUAUCGAAAUACAAGCCAUGGCAGAGACUGCUGGUCUUGUUAUUGGGGGUAUUUCACUGGCAUCCCUUUUCAAUGCGUGCGUGGACUCAUUCAGGCUUGUCCAGAUUGCUAAAGAUGCUGGGAUCGAUUUCGAGACAUGCACGAUUCAACUAGAUCUUCUGCAACUUCGGUUAAUCCGCUGGGGAUCUGAUGUCCAUAUCGAAGAGCAAGAGCCUGCCAUGGGAAGCGAUGACUGGGCAAAAGUCCAGAGUUUAGAAAUUGUGGAUCGAGCCAUGGCGAAGCGCUCCGUUGAUCCUCUACUUGAGCAACAACUUGAGAAUCUCAAUCCACGUCGGUAUGCAGCCAGGGCCAUGGUCGCUGAUAAUCAUGUGGGAGCGUUUGCGAGAUCCGUCGUCGGAGAUACAGGAAAGAUAGACAGGGGCGUGAAAGCACCUAGACCUAACUCGAAUGGAAGCGAUGUCCUUGGCAAUAGCGUUGACGGAGAGAGGAGAAUGCAGGUUGGCGAUGAUUAUAUAAGACGCAGUGGCAUUGUGGUAUCGUGUUUUGAGGGAGAUAAUUAA